AUGGCAAACUCUACACUACCAGACAAUGGGCAAUGGAACAGCAAGCCAGCCUGGAAACUGCCAGGAUGGUGUGAACCAGUCAUGGUCGCCAGCAUUCUCUUCUUCGCCAUGUUCAUUACGCGGAAACGAAACUACAAAAUAUUUGCUGCACCCUCAAGUCGAAACGGCUACCUGGAUGACGCGCCAAACGAUUCGAUGGAUCGCCUUCUCCAACAGUCAGACAGCGACAGCGAAUUCGACGACGUCUAUGCGACCAAGAACCCAAAUGCACCCAAGGUCCGAAGUAUUGGUUGCUGGAAGGUUACUACGCCCAACACUUCGCGCUUCCGCAACAACAUACACAGUCGCAUACUGCAGCGCUUCCCGUUUUUGAUCGAGAUGUUUUACUGGGUCAUCAACUAUGCCUUCUACCGCAUGACGGCAAUUGCAUCGGCUAAGCUUUUUGCUGGACGAGGCAUCUGGGACGUUUCGCAAGAACACGGAAUAUCGGUUUUGGAGGCAGAGCAAUUUGGCUUUCUGAGCUUUUUAUUCCCGCUCCGGGAGCGCGACGUGCAACAGUGGUUUAUGCAUGGACACCAAGAUGCGCUUACUGUGCUGAACAAGUGUUAUGCACUGAUUCAUAUCCCCGGCACUGUGGGCUUCAUCUGCUGGUAUUACUACGUCGCCCCUUCAUUCGAUACCUUUGCUACCGCCCGCCGGACACUUACCCUCACCAACUUCUGCGCCUUCAUGACCUUUGUCGUAUUCCCAUGCAUGCCUCCGCGGUUGCUCCCUGCCGAAUACGGCUUCCUUGAUACCGUCCGCCACGACGAUGCACAGAGUGUGUGGAUGAGUGGCAAGUUUGUCAACCAGCUUGCUGCGAUGCCUUCAAUGCAUUUUGGAUAUGCAUUCUGCAUCGGCAUGACGCUCAUCUACCAUUCCGGCCUGUUCCGCCGCACCUUGGAGCCAGGCGAGGUUCGCAAGAACGCAUUCUGGAAGAUCUUUUACCUCGUUCUUGGCAUUGGAUACCCUUCAUUCAUCCUCACCGUUAUUGUCGCUACCGCCAACCACUACUUUAUGGAUGCGCUCGUAGCCACAUGCUUCGUGUUCUUUUCCUUCUUCUGCAACAAGGUCUUUUACGUCUUCAUUCCCCUCGAGGACCUUUUGCUCUACGUUAUCCGGGCAGACAAGCCAGUACCCACCACUGGCGACCGCUACCGUGACAACAGCGGUCGUUUAUAG